CCCGAGUCCAUUGCAGCCAUCAUGGCUUGCUUCCGACCACAACAGCAGAAGGAGCCUGUUCCCCCCUGGUGAAUCUCUCUGGGAGUCGGGGGAAACGCUUUUAACACCAGCAUUUGCCUGGAAUGAUAGCACGAUAGGACACCAGCCUGAGCAGUGUUCUGUUGACGCCCAAGUCCAACCUGAUCUCCUGCUGUCUGCUAAUCCGCUAUCACAACCGCCAAACCAACCUAUUCCCUCUCCCUUCGCAGCUGGUUUAUCUCGAGAAGAGGACAUCUUCCCAUCGAGACCACUCAAUCCUCUAGAUAUAUCAUUGCAGGAGGCUGUAUUCAAUGGUAUAAAAAUCACUAUCCAUUCCUACAAUCAAACCCAUACUAGUCACUCACCGUCACCAGGAUACCACGCCAUCCACAACGAUAACAAACUUCCCCUAGACUUCCUGCCCCGUAAUGUAUCCCAGCGACAAAUCGACAACCCAAUCUAUAAUGCAACUAUAUCUCCGAAUACCAACACGACGGAACCAAUACACCAUCAAGACUCCUCAGCCGAGACCCCACAGAUAUUACCCUCCAGUGUAUCCUGCGCCGGCAAUUCAGAGGGAAAAGUUGAGACUAGCGAACCGGUCUCAAACAACGAGGACGAAAUGACCGUCAGCAAGCGACGGCGUAAUACUAUGGCCUCGCGGAGGUAUCGUCAAAAAGGACGCGACCGCAUUGCUGAGCUUGAGUGUGCUUUGAGGGACAUGGAGCGCGAGCGGAAUGAACUCAGGCUUCGGUUGGCGAGGAAAGAGGCGGAGGUAGAGGCUUUGAAGGAGUUGUUGAGGGGUUAGAUGUUUUGGUGGUUUUGGGGGUCUUGUUGGUUGCCAGGGGGGAGGAGUCGGCUUGAGGUGUUAUCGAAUGUUGAUAUUGUGGGAUUAUAG